AUACUGUGUAAAGUUAAACAUUUUGUUGUAGAUUAUAGAGAAGGAUAUCAACCCAUAUGUUGACCAGUGGGAAGAAGAGGGUCAGUUUCCUGCCCAUGAAGUCUUUAAGAAGUUAGGGUCUGCAGGAUUUUUAGGGGUCACAAAACCAACAGAAUAUGGUGGACUGGGUCUUGACUUUAGUUAUAGCGUGGCUGUAGCUGAGGAACUUGGAGCAAUCAACUGUGGAGCUAUACCAAUGGCUAUAGGUGUACAGACAGACAUGGCAACGCCAGCCCUUGCUUCUUUUGGAAGUGAUAAAGUGAAGAAAGAAUUUCUUGCACCUACUAUAACAGGAGAUAAAGUUGCAUGUUUAGGUGUCAGUGAGGCAGGAGCAGGAUCUGAUGUUGCUAGUAUACAGACUAAAGCAGUCAAACAAGGUGGUGACUAUGUGAUCAACGGUGGUAAAAUGUGGACCACCAAUGGUUUCCAGGCAGACUGGAUGUGUCUGUUAGCUAACACAAGUGAUGGCCCUGCUCACCGUUCUAAAUCACUCAUUUGUCUACCUAUGGAUACCAAAGGAAUUCAUCAUGCUAAGAGGAUAGACAAACUUGGUAUGAGAAGUUCUGAUACUGCUCAGAUAUUUUUUGAAGAUGUACGUAUACCACAAGACUAUAUCAUUGGAGAGGAAGGGAUGGGCUUUACAUAUCAGAUGAUUCAAUUUCAGGCAGAGAGAAUGUGGGCUGUGGCCGCAGCAAUUUUGCCUUUACAGGCAAUUAUACAGUCAACAAUCGAAUACACUCGUACAAGGAAAGCCUUUGGAUUUCCCAUCCUUAACAAUCAAGUUGUACAUUUUACUCUGGCAGAAUUAGAGACUGAGUUGGAACUUCUCCGAUCUUUGCUAUAUAGGACUGUAGCUUUGUAUGUCCAAGGUAAUGAUGUUACUAAGUUGGCCUCUAUGAGUAAACUGAAGGCAGGAAGAUUAGCAAGGGAGAUAACUGAUAAAUGUUUGCAGUUUUGGGGUGGUAUGGGCUUCACAAAUGAAGUGCUGAUUAGUCGAUUUUACAGGGAUUUCCGACUGGUUUCUAUCGGUGGAGGGGCAGAUGAAGUAAUGUUAUCUAUCAUCUGUAAAUACAUGGACACACUGCCAUCACCUCCCAAACUCAAAUAAUCCCUCCCUAUAUUGUUAUAACAUCAAAUGUAGCACAGUCUACAUUCUGUGAUAAAUGAAUGUAGCACAGUCUACAUUUUCUGAAAAAAUUAAUGACUUAUAGUCUAAGAUUCUGCGGUGAAUCAUUGAAGCACAGUCUUUAGUCUGAUAAACCAAAGAAGAAGUGCCUACAGUUUCUGAAAUAAAUCAAUGGAUCACAGUCUACAUUCGGGGAUAAAUUAAUGGAACACGGUCAACAAUCAUAUGUUGAUAAAUUAAUGGGUAUAAUGCCUCGACAUGUGGAGCACUUGUUAUUUUAAUGUUUUGAUAAUUUGAUGAAAUUUUCUUAGAACUAGACAUUAGAUUAAUAUGAUCAUGUAAAAGUUUUUUUAUAGUUUUAUUUGUUACUUAUAUACUUUUUAAAUCCUGGCAAUUUGCUUCAGAUUUCUAACAUUAAAAAUGUUGCUUAUGUAGAAAAAAUGUUUGGAAGUCCUCUUCUACGGGUAAAUUUUUGUAAAACAUUACAGAAUUGUUUGUGACUUUGUGUUUGAGAUUAUAAUGAUGGUUGUACAUUUGAACUGCGUCAUGACAAAACCAACAUAAUGGGUUUGCGACCAGCAUUGAUCCAGACCAGCCUGCGCAUCCGCGCAGUCUGAUCAGGAUCCAUGCUGUUCUCUUACAAACCCAAUAACAAGUAAAGAAACUGAUAGAGAACAGCAUGGAUCCUGAUCAGACUGCGCUGGUCUGGAUCCAUGCUGGUCGCAAACCCAUUAUCUUGGUUUGUCGUGAUGCGGCUCAUGUGGUCAUCAAGAACAAGAUUGUGGCUAUUGGAACAGAAAAUAUUUUUGAUGGGUAAAUACAUGUACAAAAAUGGAUAUUUUUUAACAGUUUCUGUUAAUAAUUUUCUAGCCCGAUCUUUUGACCACACCAUAUUAAAGUCUGCAAAUAAUACUAGUAAUUGAUUAAGAAUGUUUAGAGAAAAUUCCAUAAGUCAAGUGUAUCAUUUAUUAUUCAUGUGAACUUGGACAAAAUAUAAUGGUAUUUAAUAUAAUAUAUUUUUGGUCCCAGAUGUGAAGUAAAAAUAGAAAAUGACAUUUUGACUUUUACCUACUCAAAUGUUUGGUUUGCGCAAUGCCUCUUUUUCAUAACAAUAAAUAUGAUAACAAUUGAAUAGUCUCAGUCUGAUCCACAGCUCUUAAAGUUGCUUAUACUUUCUUGUUUUUCUGUUUUUUUUCCCUCUGUACAUAUUCAUAUAGGGUAAAACUUUAGUGUGAUUUUGUUGAAUGUAUCACUGUUAAAACUUAAUUAAGAAUGUUUUUAUGUUUCUGAUUAUUAUGAUGUAUUGAUUCUGACAGGGAUUCAUUUAUUCAUGUUUGUUUUUGUGUGAGGUAUUGAGACAUCUGGAUGUAACAUAGCUACACAUGUAUGUAUGUAAGCAUAUUAUGUUUAUAUUGUACAUAUUUAAAGUGUAAAUAAGACUGAUAUUUAAGGGUAUAGUAUACAUGUAUAUACAGGUAUCAAAGGUAUAUUGUGGGCAGGGGAAUGUAAGUUGAGUGUAGAAACAUUGAACCUGCAGGGACCAAAAGUCAACUAGAAAAUGAUGAUUUAUAUUUACAUAGUGUAUUUUGGUGUCUACAGAAUUUAUUUUAGUUUGAUUGUGUAAGAAAGGUAAAGUUUAUAGACACCCUCAAAUCCAUUCCUGGAACCAACCAGUAUUGAGGAAUGAGUGAAAAGUUUCUUGCUCAACAAAACAACGCCUUGUGCUUGACGGGGUUUGAACCCACAUGGAGAGCGAUCCUUAGAUCACUAGUUUGAAGGCUAUACCACCAAUUUAUGUAUUUUGAUAACAUUGUAUUUUGAUAACAUUGAAUUAUAAACCAUCUAUGAUGUCAUUUGAAAUUAGAUAAUUUGCUUUAUGAGUAGUCUUUUUUCUCUCAUUCAAAUGUGUCUGUGAUAAUCAUUUUAAUAAGAAAUAAAGAACAUUUCAUUAUU